AUGCCGCGCCGUUUGGAAGCAAAAUAUCUUGCGAACUUCCGCAAGCGGAAGCGUGAAGAGCAGGAAAUCGAAGGAGUCUCGCCGAGGCCUGCUGUGACGAAUGCGGAACGCAUGAGGCAGUACAGGCAGCGGAGGAAAAAUGCGCGGGAAACUAUCGGCGUUGGUGUCGGGCCCGGUGUCAAUGCCGGUACGACUGCGGCUGCCAAUCUUGAGCCGGUGCUCAAUUUUGUGCUGGAACCUCUUCCGGGCAGGAGCACUGAUCCGGUGAGAUUUGUAGCAGUCCCAGUCAACGGUACAUUGCCAAAUGGUGCGGUUUCAUAUAGCGGCAGUUACACGAUCAUUGGUCAGGUGAUCAAUGUUCCAGUAGAUGUAGAUGAGAUGGUUAGGGCACUUCCACGCGAGCUUGAAGAUGAUUAUGCUUUUAACGUGUGCAUUAAAAAGCACCUUAUUCAUAAAUCAAAUUACUUGUCUGGAUUCGUCAAAAAGUCUGUGGUGAAAGCUUGGUUGGAAUAUCUUGUUACCACUCCUUUGUAUAGACGGGAGGGGGUAAGUUUUAACCAGGAACGAUUGAGCGCUAUUGCUUCUGAGCCUCAACCUGGUUCAUCGCGGGAUGGAGACGCGAUCCAGCUGGAUAUCAUCGAGGAAACCAAUGAUGUGGAGAUGUUUGCUGGUCAACAACAGACACUUAUGUGGAAUGAGGAUAAGUGUUUGGAAAUCGCCCCAGCUCAAAACAGGAGACCAGUUUCCAUCGUUUACGAUGAUGAUGCCGAGGAGCUUUCCUUUCCGGAUAUUUAUCUUGGACACCCCAGAAAAUUCAAGGCUGGGACUCACGUCACGCCUUUCAUGAAGGCUACCAGUGAGCUGAGACGGAGUGAUAGGCGAGGAGCCAAGCCCAACCAUUUGCUGUACAUGGCUAUGAAGAUUCUGCGUCUUCGAGUUACCGAAGGGUUACAGCAUGUCUUCAAAAGCGUGGGAACCGCGAACAUAACGCGAGGACAGCUCAACGACCGAGCUUUCGUGGAAGGUCUUAUGGAACGGAACCUGUCGUUUAUGAAGUCGAUACCAAAUUCAGUGCAAUAUUGGUAUCAAAGGAAACAGGACCUUUUCGCCAUGAUACGACAGUUGGGGAAGCCAACAAUGUUCCUGACUCUGAGCGCCAGUGAAACUCAAUGGCCUCUUUUGUUGAAGCAGCUACACAAACUCUCCAGUGAGUAUAACGGCAUUGAUUUAACGGACCCGCUGCAGGAGCUGAGUGCUCUACAGCGAGCAACGCUGGUCAAUGACGAUGCCGUCACGUGCUGCUUGUACUUCAACAAGCUUGUCGAUGUUCUCAUGACGAUCCUUUCUUCACCAAGGUUCAGCCCGUUGGGAAAGCAUUACGUCGUGGACUCCUUCAAGCGCAUCGAGUUUCAGCAUCGCGGCAGCCCACAUGCACAUAUCAUGCUUUGGCUCGCAAACGAUCCUAACGAAACUGUUUCUGAAGAUAUGCCUGCUACAAUGGAACUUAUUAGGAAAGUUAGUUCCAUCAGCGCUGUGCAUUUGCCGGAAACGAUCAAGAAGCAGAUUCAUGACCACACGCGUACUUGCUACAAACGUAAUGAAAAGCGUUGCAGGUUUAACAUACCGUACUGGCCAAUGAACGAAGAGCGAACACUGAUUCCUCUCACCGCUGAUGAUAGUCGCCGUGAUCGAUUGAGGAAGCGUGCCUCGGAAAUGAGACAAAUUUUGGAAACCAAGGCAUUUGACACGUUAGAGGAGUUUCUAGACGACUGUAAAUGUACAUACGAGUACUACCUUGAUGUUCUGCGUUCUUCGAUUAAGCGACCAACGAUCUUCCUGAAGCGAGUGAUGAAUGAGCUAUGGACGAAUCCUUUCAACCCAUGGAUUGCUCAAAAGCUUCGUUCUAACAUGGAUUUGCAGUUCAUCCUCGACGUGUACUCAUGUGCGUGUUACUUGGUUGACUAUGUCAACAAGUCCAACCGCGGUAUAAGUGGAUUGCAUCGAGAGCUUAUCGCUCUGCAAGAGCAGUAUCCGGACCAAGAUUACACGGCUUUGCUGAAGAAGGUUAGUUUGAAAAUGCUGAACUCUGUGGAGAUGUGUGCCCAGGAAGCUGCAUGGGUACUUCUGCGAUUGCCUAUGUCUGAAGCCAGCAGGAAAGUUCAAUUCUUGCCAACGAUGUGGCCUCAUGAAAGGAUAAGAUCUAGGAAACAGUACAGGCAGAUGGAUGAAGAGGAAAUCGAUGAGGAUUCGACUGAUGUGUGGACCAAGAACAUUAUCCAGAAAUACGAAGAGCGCGAUGGCUUAGAAGAUGUGUGUUUAGCUGACUUCGCAGCACGGUACACUCAAAGAAGAGGUACUAACACCUACACUAUCCGGAAUGUUCCACGAAUAUUGAGAUGGCGUGGCUACAGCAUGAACGAGUUGGCUGAGUACAAGCGUGAAUCGGUACUUUUGUUUUGGCCAUUCAGAAGCGAAGUCUGCGACAUUCUGGAUGGCAACAAGUUUCUUCAGCUUUAUGAUAUGAACGAGGCAGAUCUCUUGAGAAAACGAAGGGAAUAUGACUGCGAGCUGAACUUGGAACAGACUGUAGAGGAAUACCUUCGUACUUGUGAGAACGAAGAGGUUGGUGAGCAGGAGAAUGCCGCUACAGAGAAGAAUAAUGAAUUUGUGCGAACGAUCAUCAUGGAGCCCAACAACGACGAUAUUGAACAUUUGCCCACAGGAGCACUGAAUGCUGUCAUCAGGCAACGUACUAAUGUCAUGUCGAAAGAAGAUUACUGUGCAAUGGUGAGGACAACCAAUGCUGAGCAGCGCGACCUCAUCCUGCAAAUGAUCCACAGUUUGCACAGUUACGAUGAAAGCAGCAAGCCGAUGCAGAUUUUCUUUACUGGACCUGCAGGGUGCGGUAAAACAUUCACUCUGCGCAUUUUAAUGGAGACGAUAAAUCGCUACAGUCAAGCCCACAACGCGCAGAAGAACGCCUUUGUGGCGUGUGCUUCCACCGGAAAAGCAGCCGUUGCUAUAGGAGGAACAACCGUUCAUUCAGCGUUUCGGAUUACUAUGUCAAGGCGAGCCAAUUCGAAACUCAGCUUUGAGAUGCUGCAGUUGUACCGCAAUGCUUUUGCAAACAUUAAGGCGGUCAUAAUCGAUGAAGUUAGUAUGAUUGGUGCGGAUAUUCUCAACACCAUUCAUGCGCGUCUUCAGGACAUUAGUGGCAAUUAUGAUGAUCCAUUUGGCGGAAUUAACAUCGUAUUCUGUGGAGACUUGCGACAAUUGCCACCCGUCAAUGCAAGGCCUGUUUACAAGCCUACAGCAUACAACAACGAAGUACUGCAUAAUCAGGAUGCUCUGGACUGUAUAGCGGAUGACGUUUUUGCGGGAUACAAGGACGCUGGUCAACUGGCAAGCUCUCGCAUCAAGCUCUACAAGAUGAGCGUCGUGGAAACCGGUGGGUUACCGUAUUUGCUACGCCUUUCCGUUGGUAUGCCAUACAUGAUUACAACCAACGUUGAUGUAGAAGAUGGCGUAGUGAAUGGUGCGAUAGGUGAGCUGAAAUAUAUUGAAAAGGAUGAAGACGGCUCAGUUGUGAAACUAUGGUUCAAGUACGACAACGAGACGAUAGGUGCUGCGUUGAGGAUCAAAUCGCGACCAACUGUCUAUUCAAGGCCAGGAAUUCUGCAACCCGAUUGGACUCCUAUUGCAAAGCGUUCAGGUAACAUAAAGCUAAGCAGCAUCAUUAAAUGCAAACGCAUACAGUUUCCGGUGGUUAGUGCCUGUGCGUUAACAGUUCAUAAGUCGCAAGGUGGCACUUUCUCCGAGGUCGUGUAUGAUUAUGACAAGAGUCAAGAUCAGCAAUUGGUGUACGUUGGCUUGUCACGUGUUACGACGCUUCAAGGCCUUUACUUGACGAACUCCGCAAACUCGUUUAAAUUUCAUCAUGCUAAGGGUAGCAACUCACCAAAGAUGGUGGAUUUAAGGAACGAGUUGUUGCGUUUGAGUAAUCACCGACUGCGUACACUAGGAGAUGAACUGAGUGAAGUAGUUGAAAACAGCGGCUCUGCAUGCACAUUGAUGAGCCUCAAUGUACAGAGUUUGAACGCUCACGCGCAGGACAUAGCGACUGAUCGAAUCCUUUCAAGCGUAGAAUUUCUCGCUCUGAAUGAAACCUGGAUGGAUGCUACCUCUCCAAUAGAGAUUGAUGGAUAUAAGCGCAUCACCCAGUGCAAGCGAAUGGGUAUGAGAGCGGCUGGAGUCGCGAUCUAUCAGAAGGAAACGGCAUCAACCGUGGCUGUUCCGCAUCCCAUCAAGCAACUCGGUGAGGAUCGAGACGAGACGUUUGCCGAAGUGAUCAACUAUGGAGACAUAUUUACUUCCGAUCCGAGCAAACUUUCAACCAACUGGUUCAAUCCGUUCAGUUUCCUCUCCAUCAACUACCAAGCCCGAGCCAAUGAAGUGACGAUUGAACACGAACGAAAAGCGGCAACCACAUCGAUUCAUUAUUGCUGCAUGUUUAAAUCAUGA